AGAUAAGGGAAGGCAAGUUUAAAAUGAAAACACGCUAGCCAGACAAGCCAGUGUAUGAAUCAACUGUAUUUGCAUAUGAACGGAGUGGAAAUUAGCUGACUUUGUGAUCUGUAAGUUUUUCCUGGUGGGGUAUCCGUAGUUGGUGAUACGCAUUGUGAAGAAGAAUGUUGAUGUUGUCAAAGUUGAAGAAGAGGACCCAGUGGUAAUCAAACUUCAAAUCGUGUCAUUUGCUUGUCCUGGCUGGAGACUGAGUGAAGGAUCAUGGGUAACACAGGUGACCGGAUGUCCGGCGACCGCCAUGGCGCCAAGGCCCAUCGAUCAGACAGCAGAGGCAGCGACAAAGACCAUGAGCCCAGCAAGAUGGUGGACAGCACCGACGAUCCUAACAUCUUCAACACACAUGGACUGGGGUCCUCCAAGGCGUCAGACAAGGAGGAGCCUGAUCUGGAUGACUUGGUGAAGACGGGGCCUCAGUCCAGACCUACAGUCAUCCGCUGGGCCGGAGGAGGGAAGGAGGUCUACAUCGCUGGCUCCUUCAACAACUGGGGCAACAAGAUCCCCCUCAAUAAAAGCCACAAUGACUUUGUAGCGAUCCUGGACUUGCCAGAGGGAGAGCACCAGUACAAGUUCUUUGUGGAUGGACAGUGGGUCCAUGACCCCUCAGAGCCAGUGGUGACCAGCCAGUUGGGCACCAUCAACAACCUGAUCGAGGUGAAGCAGUCAGACUUUGAGGUGUUUGAUGCGCUGCAGGUGGACUCUCUGGAGUCCACUGACACCUCAGAUCUGUCCAGCUCCCCUCCAGGGCCAUAUGGACAGGAGCAGUACAUGUUCAGGCCUGAGGAACGCUUCAAAGCCCCGCCCAUCCUCCCCCCACACCUCCUCCAAGUCAUCCUCAACAAGGACACCAACAUCUCUUGCGACCCAGCCUUGCUGCCUGAACCCAACCACGUGAUGCUCAACCACCUUUAUGCUCUCUCAAUAAAGGAUGGAGUGAUGGUGCUCAGUGCGACUCACAGAUAUAAGAAGAAGUACGUCACAUCUCUGCUAUACAAGCCCAUCUAACCUGUCUGUGUAGGUGCACAGUGCUAUAGAGGGCAGCAUGUUAAAACUGUACUGGGUUUAACCAUCAUGUGUAGCUGAGAUUGCACUAAACUAACAGUUUACUGAUGAGCUGGGGGCCUGUGGCUGAGACUGGGGGCAAAUCUCAAAGGACACCCUUUUCCUUGUACAGUGACCUACAGGGCUCCACAAAGGGCUCAAAGUAAUGCAUUCUAUGGGGAGUAGGGUGUCAUUUGAGUCUCAGCCUGUGACCCUCACAAAUGAAAAUACUUUGCAUCCACAGUUUGACGGCGAUAAGAAAAGGGACUGAGAAGGAAACCACUGUGUGUUUGUGUGUAGCACUUAGAUUCUUUGCAUGCGGGUGUGUAGAAAGGACAUUUGGUUCCAUUACAAACAUGAAGGUUUGAAGAAAAGUCUGCUGAUGGGACUUGGAAAUGCAUAUAAUCAAGAUUGUUUUAUUAAAUGAGCUUUUAAAGGAUAUGAACACGGAAAGAGGGCCGUUGAAGGUUGCUGACUUGGAUUAUCCUGCACUCCCAUUCUUUGUCUAUUAUUGCUGUAGUUGGACAGUGACUGGAGGAAUUGGAGGUUCAUGCAGGGUAUUCCUUGUUUGAUCCCAAUGGGACGAUGACCACUAAUCUAAUCAUGAUAUGCAAUUGGAUAGGCUGUACAUUGAACUGAGUUGUAAUUCAGUUAAAGUGUAACAAACAAUGGACAUUAUAUAGUAUAUCCCAUUUAAGCCCACCCACUGGGCACAUACUGGUUGAAUCAACGUUGUUUCCACAUCAUUUCAAUGAAAUUACGUCUGUGCCCAGUGGGAUAUGAUUGACAAUUUUAAAAUGUGAAAAUCCAUUUAAACUACUGUAAAGAGUCCUCGUUAACUAGAAAAUAUUAACUCUGGGUUCUAGUUGUGGAAUGUUGGGUCGUGGCUGUAAACCUGUGCUUAGUUCUGCUAUUGCCUUUAUGACACAAUGCUGCAAGCACUUUAGUUACCCACCCAUGUGUCUCCAACAAAUGCUUUGAGCAGGACUGUUGACAUAAGCUUUUAACUAUGCAGAUAUAUACGGACAAAUAUUGUACAGUAGCUUUAUAUUGGACCUCAGUGUCCAAGCUGCAUUUUAUAGGCCUAGAUACAGCAAUGGCUAUGCUACGUGUAUCUCUCUAGCCUAUUUUCUAUUUAUCCAAUAGGAAUCUAUUUCUGUGUGCCAUAUUUAUAGCUUAAACUCCCAAAUAAUGGUUUGUCUUGAAUGUUGUGCAUGAAUUGAAUGUCUAGUAUGAACCGUUUAUUAUGGAAUAUGUGGUGGAUCUCACAAGUGUGGUCUUAUUAUGGAUUUCAAUCAAGAUUCGAAAAUGUUAUUCAGUAAAGUGAAAAAUGGCCAAUGUUGAUUUCUUAACAAUGUGAAAAAGGGUAAUUUACUUUCAUGAAGAUUGUUACAUUUGAGAAUUCUGUGAAUCUAACUUCACAUUUUUGACCAUAAGCCAUUUCAUAUUUGUACUUUGUAAGAGUAAUGUACCUGUUGCUUGUGAUACCAAUAGUCAAUGUGGGCUGAUAUGUAGGUAAUAUACUCCAAAGAGAAUACAGAUAAUAUAUAAUGAUAUAUGAGAGAUUUUAUUUGAAGAAACUGAGUUAAGAAACUUUGACUGAAAGCCAUAUCUCACUCUGAGACUAUACACAGUGUACAAAACAUUAGGAACACCUUCCUAAUAUUGAGUUGCACCCCCUUUUGCCCUCACCCUCAAUUC